AUGUCCACAUCUCGUAUUCCCCUCGGCUUGCAAGCUGUAUUCCUCGCCUCCAACAGAGGAAAGGAUGUCAACAAGCCUCCUCCCGAAAAGGCUGCCUCCAAGACGUUUGCUCGCGGCUGGAUGUUCCAAGGACUGCGAACCGGCACAAAGACUCGCCGCUCCAAGGGUUCCAAGAAACAUGACCGUCCCGAAAAGGUCAAGCAAUUCUCCAGCAGCGUCUCCAGCGACACUUCCCACACCAGCGUGGGUAGCAUGAACGAUGAAGAGCCCGUGGCUCAGAUCCGCAACAAGACCAUCAAGGUGAUCACUCAGCCAACGGAGCCCGCGAAAGCUAAGACUGCCAGUGGCCGUCCUCCCAUGAGUCCUCAAGCCUAUUUGGAUGUCAUGAUCCACUCGCGCGGAUACUCCACCCGCCGCUACCGUACGCUCCAGACUGGCUACUACUCCAAGCCCACCGAGUUCCAGCAGGCCAGUUACCACGUCAACUUGGUCAAGAUGGUCCGCAAUCACGAUGUCGCCAAGUUCAAGGCCGUCGUGGGUGCCGGAAUCUCCCCCAAUCCUUGCAACUGUUACGGUGAAUCGCUAUUGCACAUGGUCUGCCGUCGUGGUGACUCGGAUCUGCUCCAAAUCAUGUUGGAUGUUGGCAGCAGCGUGCAGGUGGCCGAUGACUACGGUCGUACUCCACUCCACGAUGCGUGCUGGGCGGCCACUCCCUCGUUCGACACGGUCGAGAAGAUUGCCAACCGGGACAUCACCCUGUUCCACAUGACGGACAGCCGUGGUGCCGUGCCUCUUUCCUAUGUCCGAAGGGAACACUGGCCUCAGUGGAUUGAAUUCCUCGAGUCCAAGAAGGAUACCUGGUGGCCUCCCGUCCGUGGUGUCGACCAACCUUCCGUCUUGGUCGAUGUGGCUCCCAAUGAAAAGCCCAUCCCCGAACCAGUCAAUGCACUCAGCAUGGAGCUGGCGGGACAUUAUGAAGCGUGUUGGAUACAACAAGCCUCAACCAGUUCAGUAAAUGAUGCUACGGCUACCACAUCAAGUCGACCAUGCAAUGCAUAA